UUACAUAUAUAUCUCCCUCUCCUUUAAAAUUUUUUCAGUUUAUUAAUAAUUACUAAUAUUUAUUUUUACGCUCUUCUCUCUCUCCGUCUCUCUCCAGUAUGCUGCUUGUGUUGUUUGUGUUUGUAGGAUUCCCACCUAUUUCCCCAAACGCAAAGCACUAAAGAGGAAAGCAAGAAAGUGAAGUUUGAAGAGAGAGAGAAAGGAUAUAGAAACAAAGAAAAUUCUAGAGGGAGAAACACCCAAAUCCACCGGAAAUUCCAUUUCCUUUCUCUCCGGCGUUUUCUGGUUGUAACGCCCAAAACUUAGGAGCUCAGCAAAUGCAGUAGUGAGGAGAUAGGAACUGAACGGAGAGACAAGAGAGGGGAGAUAUUUAUUGGAAGAGAGAAACAGAGAGAAGGGGGGGUAUUUUUUAUGAGCCAAAAUGCGUGAGGGAGUAGUUGUUGAUGAGCCGAGUGACGUCGUUUCAAGUGCUAAGAAGAAGAAAUCAGGAGAGGAAGAUAAGGUUCUUGUUCUAGUGGCAGACAAGGCUAGCUCAAAGCAGCUACCACUGGUUGUUUCAGUCCCGCCGCAACCCAUAGUCGUUAAUCGUGCUCGAUCUCAGUCCGCCACCCGCAGAGUCACGCCCACCACCACCGGUGCCGGUGGAGUUGACACCAGCAACGAUGGAGGUUCCAUUGCUGUGGAGAAGCUUCUCCCCAACGGCGAUCUCUACAUCGGGUCAUUCUCGGGGAACGCGCCGCACGGAUCGGGGAAGUACCUCUGGACUGACGGGUGCAUGUACGAGGGGGAGUGGCGCCGCGGCAAAGCAUCGGGGAAGGGAAAGUUCUCGUGGCCUUCUGGUGCUACCUUUGAGGGCGAAUUCAAGUCGGGUCGGAUGGAAGGGUUCGGCACAUUCAUCGGAUCCGACGGUGAUACCUACCGUGGCUCCUGGAGCGCCGAUCGGAAACACGGGUACGGCCAGAAACGGUACGCGAAUGGGGAUUUUUACGAAGGAUCGUGGAAGAAGAAUCUGCAGGACGGGAAAGGAAGAUACGUGUGGAAAAAUGGGAAUGUGUAUGAUGGUGAAUGGAAAAACGGUGUCAUUUCAGGAAGAGGGGUUUUGAUAUGGGCAAAUGGGAAUCGCUACGAUGGGCAAUGGGAAAAUGGAGUACCAAAGGGAAAUGGGAUUUUUACUUGGCCAGAUGAGAGUUGCUGUGUCGGUACCUGGAAUAUUAAUAAGGACAUAAUGACUCAGGAACUGAAUGGGACAUUCUAUACUGGGAAUGGUAAGGAACAUUGCUUGAAAGGGAGCGAGAACGAUUUGGCCUUGCCGGCGACGGCGACGAGGAAAAGAUCGUCGGUGGAUGGGGCCAGAGGGAGUAAUAUAAAUUUUCCGAGGAUAUGUAUAUGGGAGAGUGACGGUGAGGCUGGGGAUAUUACUUGUGAUAUUAUUGAUACUGUUGAGGCUUCUAUGAUUUAUAGAGAGGGGUUGGAUCGAGAUGGACUUAGGCAGUUUAGAAGAGGACCUUGUUGUUUUAAUGGAGAGGUGAAGAAGCCCGGAGAGACAAUUUCUAAAGGGCAUAAAAACUACGAGUUAAUGCUUAAUCUGCAAUUGGGUAUCCGGUACUCUGUUGGAAAGCAUGCUCAAAUACGGAGGGACCUGAAGCCAAGUGAUUUUGAUCCGAAGGAGAAGUUCUGGACGAGGUUUCCGCCUGAAGGAUCAAAGAUUACGCCUCCUCAUCAAUCUGUAGAGUUUCGGUGGAAGGAUUACUGUCCGAUGGUCUUUAGACAUUUGAGGGAACAUUUCCAAGUCGAUACUGCUGAUUAUAUGCUAGCUAUCUGUGGAAAUGAUGCCCUUAGGGAGCUUUCUUCUCCGGGCAAGAGUGGAAGCUUCUUUUACCUUACUCAGGAUGACAGAUUUAUGAUCAAGACAGUAAAGAAAUCAGAAGUCAAGGUGUUAAUUAGGAUGCUUCCCAGUUAUUACCAACAUGUUUGUCGGUAUGAAAAUUCACUGGUGACAAAGUUCUUUGGUGUGCAUUGUGUUAAACCAAUUGGGGGCCAGAAGACCCGUUUCAUUGUGAUGGGCAAUUUGUUCUGCUCUGAGUAUAGAAUACAUAGGAGAUUUGACCUAAAAGGAUCUUCCCAUGGCCGUACAACAGAUAAGCCUGAGGGUGAGAUAGAUGAAACCACAACUCUCAAGGACCUUGAUCUCAAUUUUGUGUUUCGUCUUCAACGAAAUUGGUACCAGGAGCUUAUCAAACAAAUUAAUAGAGAUUGUGAAUUUUUGGAAGCUGAGAGAAUUAUGGAUUAUAGUCUUCUAGUUGGCCUUCACUUCCGUGAUGAUAAUACAUAUGACAAAAUGGGGUUGUCGCCAUUUGUUUUGCGCACUGGAAUUGACGAUUCCUAUCAAAAUGAAAAGUUCAUGCGUAGCUGCCGCUUCCUUGAGGCAGAGCUCCAAGACAUGGAUCGGAUUUUAGCUGGCCGGAAGCCUCUGAUAAGGUUAGGAGCGAACAUGCCAGCAAGAGCAGAACGGAUGGCUCGGAGGAGUGACUUUGAUCAGUACACCCCUGGUGGGAUUAGCCAUUUGACCCCUUCUAGAAGUGGUGAGAUAUAUGAAGUGGUCCUUUAUUUUGGGAUCAUUGAUAUCUUGCAAGACUAUGAUAUUAGCAAGAAGUUAGAGCAUGCCUACAAAUCCUUACAAGUCGAUCCUACCUCAAUCUCGGCAGUGGAUCCAAAACUAUACUCGAAGAGAUUCAGGGACUUCAUUGGGAGAAUAUUUAUAGAAGACAGGUAGCAAUGGGGAUGAAACUUAUAGUUGAAAAUUGCCCUGUUACUAGAAAGUGAUUUUUGCUUGAAAGUUAGGGAAAUACAUGUUCCUGGCAAUAGAUUGAGCAAACAAUUUCUCAGAGAGAUGAAGCCACUGCAAAUGUGGUAGGAGAGCUCGGCAGCGGGUUUGCGGCAGUGUUCCUGGCUGAAUUUUGAAGAUCAGCCAUGGUGAUGGAGGGGAAGGUGGUUGUACAUUUGGGGGGUGGGGGAGGAGGGAAACUCUGAUUUCCUUCUCUCUCUCUCUUUUUUUUAAAUAAUAUUUUUGGAAAUAUUUUUUUGUGGUAAACAAGGGGUGGGUGGGUGAAUUGUGAAGAUUUGAAAGAUAGGUAUAGGGAACAGGGGAAAUGCUUCCCAGAGAGAAGAUUCAAAAUGGGAGGGGACUUGGAAUAAGAAAGUGUACAGCUUAAUAGAAAAAGAGAUGGAUAGCUUAUGGAAUUUCGUGAAUAUUUUUUGUGACUUUCGAAAAAAAAGAAAAGUAAAAAAAAAUGUUUGAAUCA